AGCUCUACUCAGAUGAAAGCUGCACCCUUUACAUCAUACUUGUUUUUCUCUAACAACAUAACCAUAUGAUAUAGAGUCCACUUUAAACAGCUUAAACAGUCUCUUUGUAUCAGCUCUAAGUACUUUAGUAACUUGAAACUGAAUCUCUGUGGUGAGGCGUUUGUAUUCACUUCUGCUUUCCUGCUCUCAUUACAUUUUGCUGAUCACUUCCUACAUAAUGCUUUUACCCAUUAUCUCUAGCGGUUUCAAAAUAAAAUAUUUCCAAUAGAGAAACAGUUGGAGACUUUUAAUGUGAAGCAGCUCGAGGAAAUGAAUCGCUAUGGUCACACAGUAAGAAGAGCAGUGUCAUUUUUCAAACGAAAACAAAAUGGACAAAACAUCAGUUCCUGUGCUCCAUCUGUCUGGAAUUGUUCACUGAUCCAGUCACUAUACCAUGUGGACACAACUUCUGUAAAGACUGCAUCACUGAACACUGGGAUAGAAGUGACAGGUGCCAGUGUCCCAAAAGGAGUUCUACACAAGACCUGAGCUGCACGUUAACACUUUAAUCUCUGAGAUGGUAUCUCAGUUCAGACAGUCGGCUCAACAGGAAGCCAGAAGCAGCAGCAGCUCGGAGCAAGAGAGUCUCUGUACUGUAAACCAAACACUGAUAUAUGUGGAGAGACACAGUUUGUUACAUAUGUACAGGAUAACCUCUCAUGUUGACCAAGGACAAAUGGGUUUUUCAAAUGGUGGUCAACUAUGACCAUGCUACCUGCAUAUGUCUUUGUCAAGAGAUUUUAGUUGGAGGCAAAAAAUAAGCCUGCUGUUACAACAGUUUACAUUUUUCUAACAACCCUAAAAAUGCUCAAAGGCAUCCAUCAAUGAUUCUAAUUAACCAGGAAGAUUUUUUGGGCUAAGGGUAGCAAGUGAUAUAAAGUAUUAUUACUCUUCUGCUUGUCAUAGAGUGCCUACAGAGCUCAGUGAUUCGCUUUGACAAAAUAAACUCAUCUAUAGGUACAGUAACAUCUUAACACCUGUAACACCUCAUUUUAAGUCAGGAAAACUGAGAAAAUUAAGAAGCAAAAUCCCUCGUCAAAUAUAAACUGGAACAGUAUCCUCUUUCGCUUUUAGCCAGGGAAAAUGUGUAUGUCACUUUAAUAAUGUGUAAACAUGAGGAAGAUAAAACCUAACCAAAAGAGCUGCAGUAAGAGGCGGGGCAAAACUGGAAGGGCAACAGAUCAUAAUCCUUAAAUCAAACUCAAGGCAUGCAAGUUUUGCAGUAGUAUUACGAUAGUGGAGACAAUUCUGUUUCUCUGUAAAUUAAUAUUAAACUCAUCCAGUAGUCAGCUCUUACUCAACUACACAUCAGGGUCUCUGCUACAAGGAUAUGGCUGCUGCAAGCUACCUGCCAUCUGAAGAUCAGUUUCUCUGCUCCAUCUGUCUGGACUUGUUCACUGAUCCAGUCACUAUACCAUGUGGACACAACUUCUGUAAAACCUGCAUCACUGAACACUGGGAUACAAGUGACAGGUGCCAGUGUCCCAUGUGUAAAGAGGCUUUUAAUACAAGACCAGAUUUGAGGGUCAACACUUUCAUCUCUGAGAUGGUCGCUCAGUUCAGAGAGUCGGCUCAACAGAAAGCCAGCAGCAGCAGCAGCAGCAGCUCAGAGCAACAAGUCUUCAAACCAGGAGAAGUUCCCUGUGACGUCUGCACUGAAACCAAACUGAAGGCCCUGAAGUCCUGCCUGGUGUGUCUGACCUCCUACUGUGAGACUCACCUGGAGCCUCACCUGAGAAAGUCAGGUCUGAAAAGACAUCAUCUGAUCGACCCUGUGGAGAACCUGGAAGACAGGAUGUGUCCGAAGCACGAUAAACCUCUGGAGCUGUUCUGUAAGACCGACCAGACAUUAGUGUGUCUGCUCUGCCAUGUUUCAGACCACAAGAUGCAUGAUGUGGUUCCUCUCAAAGAAGGAUAUGAAGGGGAGAAGGCAGCGCUGGGAAAGAAAGAGGCUAGAAUUGAGGAAAUGAUCCAGAAGAGACAACUGAAGAUUGAGGAGAUCAAACACUCAGUGGACCUCAGUAAGGAAGAUGCAGACAGAGAGAUAGCAGAAGGUGUUCAGGUCUUCACUGCUCUGAAGGAGUCUGUUGAGAGAAACCUGAAUGAGUUCAUCCAAACAAUAGAAGGGAAGCAGAAUAUGAGAAUGAAACGGGCUGAAGACUUCAUCAAAGAGCUGGAACAGGAAAUCUCUGAGCUGAAGAAGAGAAGUGCUAAGGUUGAGCAUCUUUCACGCUCUGAAGACCACCUCCAUGUUCUCCAGGGUGUCAAGUCCCUAAAUAUCCAACACCCAUCACCCACCAAGGACUGGACAAAGGUCAGCAUCCCUCCAUCAUCAUAUGAAGGAACUGUGGUGAGAGCUGUGGUUCAGCUGGAGGAGACACUCAGUAAAGAGAUGAAGAAGGUGAUUGAAGCUGAGAUGAAGAGGGUCCAGAGGUACGCAGUGGAUGUGACUCUUGAUCCUUAUACAGCAAACUCAUAUCUCAUCCUGUCUGAUGAUGGAAAACAAGUCCGUGAUGGUGAUGUGAUAAAGAAUCUCCCAGACAACCCAGAGAGGAUUUCUAAAUGUACUUGUGUCUUAGGAAAGCAGAGUUUCUCUUCAGGCAGAUUUUACUAUGAGGUUCAAGUUAAAGGAAAGACUGACUGGGAUUUAGGAGUGGCCAGAGGGUCGAUCAAGAGGAAGGGAAAGAUCACACUGAGCCCUCAGGGGGGUUUCUGGUCUUUAUCUCUGAGAAAUGGAAAUGAAUACAAAGCUCAUGAUGCUCCGUCAGUCCUUCUCUCUCUGAAGUCUCGGCCUAAGAAGGUGGGGGUGUUUGUGGAUUAUGAGGAGGGUCUGGUCUCCUUUUAUGACGUAGAUGCUGCAGCUCUGAUCUACUCCUUUACUGGCUGCUCCUUCACUGAGAAACUCUUCCCAUACUUCUAUCCUGGACUUAAAUAUGGCCGUAAAAACUCUGCCCCUCUGAUCAUCUCUCCGGUCACCUAAUCACUCAUCUUAUUUCAUGUGUUGAUUUGUUUUCAUUCAAGGAAACAAACAUCCAUAUUUAGAGUCAAAACUGUAUAAUUUCCAUCUUAUUUUCUACAAGAUAAGUUUAAAGUGGUGAUUGAUUUACAUAUGGUUUAGAUUCUGUAUACAACACAUAAGUGGAUUCAUUCAUCUACUCAAUCAAAUCAUGAUCUCUUCAACAAUUAAUCGUAACACAUGUGGAGAAUAUCUAUGAACGUUUGAUAAAUCUACAGAUUUAUUUUAACUUUAAAAAAAAAGUUGUUUCUAAUGACACCAAAUUUGUCAAGCUAUAGUUAGAAUUGAUGAUAACAUUAAAUGUUUUAUAUUUAAUUGUGUCAUAAAGCUUCAUUAAAGAGAAAGGCUUAUUACGUGCCUCUACUGUGUACUAAAUUAAAUGUGUGUAAUAGUUAAACUGCUAGAAAAAUGAAGCUAAAUAAUAUGAUAAAUCCUCAUAUGUGUUCAAAUGGUUUGGUUAAUAACUGUUAACUUGUAUAUCUACAUGCCAGGUUUUAUAUUGAUUACUGGUAAAAAGGCUUAUGAAUCAAAGACAUCUGUAAAUAUGUGAUUGUGAGUUAAGAAAA